AUGUUCCUCAAGUUUGUGCUCGUAUGGAUAAGCAUAACAAAGAAUCUACUGUGUAUCAAUUUAACAGAAUGGAACUCAAUUAAAAAUAUUGAAAUCGCACAGGUAGGAAAAUUUAUUUCUUUUGAGAGACAUGAAAAGAGAAGAAAAAGGAGGAUGGUAACAACAAAGGAUUGCCUUUUUUUAUACAAUCCAAGAAACAACCCUAUAUUUUGCUAUUAUAAAAAUCGAAUAAGAAAUAAAAAUGAAACUAAUGUGGAAAAUAAUAAUAGCCCUAUGACAUUUGAUGAAUUUUUUAACAAAAGAGCAGAAGAAGAUUAUAGAAAGUUAGAAGCCGAAAAAUUGAAAAUAAUGAAGGAAAAUGUUAGUACAUACAAAGAAGAAAUAAGAAAGGUGCUUGAAAAGAGCUACAAAAAUGAAUAUGAAAGACUACUCAGGGAGGAGAAAGAGGAUGCCGAGGUUAGUCAGGAGGUGCAUGAGAAUAUGAAAAUAACAUUUCUAAUGAAGGAAAAUAUUAACAACAUUUUGUUCACAAGGUAUAGCUAUAUGAUAAACAAGUUAAAGGAGCGCUCUGCAAUUCUCAAGGGAGUGCGUGGAUUGUUCGAGACGAGUAAAACAAAACCUGGGGACGCAGCUUUAAAUGUAACACCCACUGAUGAGGAACAUCACAAUAUGGCAGGACCCCUUGAUGAGACAUCCACUUCUACAUCUCCCAGUGUCGAACCGUUGAGAUUAGACCCAUCAGAUGAUAAGCAAGAGGAUUCAACGCAAAUUAUCGAAAACGUUCAGUUCUUCAAGCCACAAGCGAGCUAUGGUGGAGGAACAUGCAGAGAAGCGAGAAAUUGUACUACGUUUAGUGAUCAAAUAUUUGCAAAUGCAAAAUUGUUGGUGAAGGUAAAAGAAGAGAACGAGAAUGGGUGGAAAUCAGAUGUGCAAGGGAACAAAUUGGGAAGUGAAGAAGAGGAUACAAAUGUAAUAACAGGAUUAGGAAUCGAAAAAGACGAAGAAGAAGAAGAGGAAGGCGGGAAAGUUUUAUUUUCCAAAAGUAAUGUAUCCGCUUUGAAAUUAUUCAAAGAAAAUGUAAACACAUUUUUAUCAUAUAAAAAGGAAAAUAUAAUAAAAAGUAAUUUAAAUGAAGAUUUAUUAUACGGACGAGUAAAAGUGCAUUGGUUUCCAAAAUUUAUGAAAAAAGUAAUAAGUAAAAUUCCAGAGUAUAUAAAAAUUAGUGACAUAAUAAUUGAAGUUCGAAAUGGCAUAAUCCCUUAUGUAUUCGAUGAUCUGUACGCAUUAAAUAUGUUUGAUAUACGAACCAACAAACCCAAAAUAAUUGUGUAUACAAAUUGUGAUAGAUCAUCGAUUAGAGGAAAUGAAGAAUGGGGCAGUUACUACCGGAGGAAGCUAUUCUGGUAUGACAAGAAUUUUAACAAAAACGUGGUAAAUAGAGAUUCUGCCAGUGAUGCAUGUGUCGGCACUGCAUCUGCCAGUAAUGCAUAUGUCAGCACUGCAUCUGCCAAUGAUGCAUCUGUGAAGAAUCAAUUAAAAAAAAGCGCAGUUAUAUUUGUGGAUGCAAAAAAUGGGAAAAAAGAAAUUAUUGUUUUAAAAAAAUUAAUUAACAGAUUAUCCCAGCACAUAAUUGAAAGCAAGAAAAAAAAAGGUCUAUUGAAUUACAAAGUUAAAUGUAUAUUUAUUGGAUUGCCAAAUGUAGGAAAAUCUGCCUUAAUUAACCGUCUACUUGAAAUUAAGAAAACAAAGUCGUAUGAUUAUCCAGGUCUUACAACCAACAUACAGAUGUACGCCUCCAAAAAAUAUGAACUCAUUGAUACUCCUGGAAUUUUGGCUCAAAAUUUAUACACAUUACCUGAAAAAAAAUACUGCAAAAAGAACAUCAUACUUGAUAAAAUUUAUAAUUACGACUCAAAUAGUAAUGCAUCCGAUGAUAAGGUUGUGCAUAUUCGAAACUACAAUAGUUAUAUGCACAUAGAAAAUAAUAUCUACCUCCUAGCAUUAUGCAAUCACAUAUCGCCAAAGAUGUAUGAUAUAUACAAUGUCGCAGAGGCCCUAAUUCAAAAUAUGCACAGUGUCUAUCUUUAUAACAAUGACUAUAUAGAUAUGUCCAAAAUUAUCAAGCGGUACCAAAUUAAUUUUACGGAAUGCCUCGAUUUUGAAGGUAAAUUUUCAGCUUAUCAUUUUAUCCAGCGAUUAGCUCGUGAUCGUUUUCAUAACGAUUUAAAUCAGGCAUCAAUGCGUCUUGUUACUGACUUUAGGAAAGGUUACCUCGGUCGUAUGACCCUUAGUUAUCCUCUCUAUUUCAACAAGAGAUCCAUUCGCCUUCGUGUUUCCUCAGGGUUCGUCAAUCAGCCCAAUGACUGCUACAUUGGCUGGUAA